AUGUAUAGCUAUGUUAGUCGUGCAAGCUUGACUGGUGAUAAAUUUCCAAAAUUGGCACAUUAUAGAGGGUAUUUGUCGAGCAGUUUGGCGAUCGCGACGGACGCGUCACAUCUCUUCAUCGACUUCGCCAGCUUCAUGAUAUCGUUCUGCGCCAUACGGGUGGCCUCGAGGCCGGCCACGCAGUCGAUGCCGUUCGGAUGGUACAGGGCCGAAGUAUUGGGGGCCCUCACGUCUGUUCUCCUCAUCUGGGUGGUCACCGGCAUGCUGUUGUACUUGGCCGUCGAGCGCCUCACAGACAUGACGUACCCCAUCGACGCCGACAUUAUGCUCAUCACGUCCGCCGUCGGACUGUGCGUCAACUUGGUAAUGGGCUUGACGCUUCACCAGCACUCGCACUCAUACGGUGCAGGUGGCAGUAUCGAGUGGCACAGCCAGGACGAGGCGACCGACCGGAGCGCUUCUAACAUCAAUGUUAGGGCCACCUACAUACACGUCCUCGGAGACAUUAUUCAGAGUCUUGGCGUGUUGAUUGCCGCCGUUAUCGUUUACUUUAGAGUAAGUUUUAUAUAG